UUGCUAAUUGACUGGUUCGCUCCACCAGAGGCUGGUUGCUGCGUGGCAGUAUGGCUUCGUCAAAUCGGGUUCAGCACCUUUUACGGAUCGAUUGUGCUCAAAAUUUACAGGAAUUUGCAAGAGUAUCGCGUACGGAAAGCACAGCACGUUUCCGUGAGAGAGAAAGAUAUGGUGAAGUAUCUGAUCGGAAUGCUUGCUCUCACGAUCACGGGUUUGAUGGCUUGGACAGUUGGUUCGUGGGGUGACCAAGCACUGUGGAAGACAGCUUGGCCACAGUGCAGAAUGCAGGGUUGGCACGUGAUUUGGCACUGUUACGAGCUGCUGUUUCUGCUCUAUGGAAUGAGACUUUGCUAUAAAGCACGUAACAGCGACUGGCUAGAACGAUGGCAAUUCACUGUUGCUGUUUGUUUGGAGGCUGUCAUUACACUCAUGGCAAAUCUCAUCAGGUAG